AUGUCUUCCUCUUCUCUUAAAGUAGUAAUGCUUUCGCUUGCUUUAUUCAGUCUCAGUGCUCUGGUGGCUGCCUCAGCAGGAAAUUUUUACCAAGAUUUUGAUAUUACAUGGGGCAAUGAUCACGCAAAGAUAGUCAAUGCAGGCCAAUUUCUCAGUCUUUCUCUUGACAAUACUUCCGGUUCUGCUUUCCGAUCCAAGAAUGAAUACCUAUUUGGAAGGAUUGACAUGCAAAUCAAGCUUGUAAGUGGCAACUCAGCUGGCACUGUUACCACCUAUUAUUUAUCAUCUCAAGGACCAAACCAUGAUGAAAUUGACUUUGAGUUCUUAGGCAACCUGUCUGGAGAUCCAUAUAUAGUACAUACUAAUGUCUUCACACAGGGGGAAGGGAACAGAGAACAGCAAUUCUAUCUCUGGUUUGAUCCCACAAAGGCCUUCCACACCUACUCUUUCAUCUGGAAUUCUCAAGUUAUCAUGUUUUUGGUAGAUAACAUUCCUAUAAGAGUGUUCAACAACUUGAAAUCACUUGGUGUUCCAUUCCCCAACAGCCAACCCAUGAGGAUUUACUCAAGCCUCUGGAAUGCCGAUGAUUGGGCAACGAGAGGGGGGCUUGUGAAGACUGACUGGACCAAAGCACCAUUCAUAGCCUCUUACCGAAAUUUUGAGGCCAAUGCUUGUACUAAUACAUGGCAGGAUCAAGCACUUGAUGCAACAGGUCGAAGAAGGAUUCGUUGGGUGCAAAAGAAAUAUAUGAUUUACAACUACUGCACUGACUUGAAACGCUUUCCUCAAGGUCUUCCACCCGAAUACUCUAGUCCAAUAUCUAAGGGCAUUAUUGAUGCUGCUACCCAAGCUGAAACUACUGAUGCUGAGUUGCCCCCAGUUCCACCUAGUAAAGUGAGUAAGACUGGUACUGAUAAUGGUAGGAAAAAGUCUUUAGUUUGGAAUCAUUUUGAAAAAGUAAAGGUAGAUGAGGGUGUCACUAAGGCUAUAUGUAAUUGUUUUCAAAAAUCAUAUCAUGCUAAUAGUAAGAGUUGUGGUACUAGUAAUUUGUUAGCUCAUGUAACAAUUUGUCCCAAGAACCCUAAUAGAGAAGAUAUAGUUGAAGGGCAGAAAACCUUAGCUUUUGAACCCAAAAAUGAUGGAGACGAAGGGUUCCAACUUGUGUCAACAACCUUUACUAUUGAGACUUCUAGAAAGACACUUACUGAAAUGAUUAUAAUUGAUGAGUUGCCUUUUAGGUGUGUUGAGGGGGCAUUUGUGACUUUCUUGAGGCUUUUUUACAAUGCAACAAAGAAGUUCUCUAACUCUUUGUAUAUUACUUCAAAUGCCUUCUUCGAUGAAAUAUUUGUUAUUCAGGAGAUGGGGAAAGUGAUGGUUGAUAAGGUGAAAGAUCUUUUGAUGAAGUUGUAUAAUUUUUACUGUUCUAUUCAUUCCCCAAAUGUGCAAGAACCAAGUGGGAGUGAGAGAACACAAAUGGAAUGUGAUGCUAGUGAUCCAUAUGUGAUGAUUCACUCUCAAUAUGAGCGUUUCUUGGAAGCUAAGCAAUUUGUAGGUUGUAGUAAUGAGGUUGAAAAGUAUUUGGUUGAAAUUGUGAUGGUAGAAAUGAUAUGA